GAUCUGUUCUCUGUGUGUGACCUUGGUUGUGAUGUGAUUACAUCACAAUCAGACGUCAAAACAUUUCAAUCACAACAAUAAUGUAAAAAAUUAAAUUUUCAACAAUGUUGUGCAAAAUUUGCAGUGAUAUAUCAAAACUAACCCAAAAAUCAAUCACAAUACACGGCUCUUGCAGAUUUUAUCAGACACAUUACGACGUGCUAAAUUUGGCCAGAAACUGCACCGAUAAGGAAAUCCGAAGCGCCUUUAUUAAAUUAUCAAAAGAGUACCACCCUGAUGUUAACAAAAGUAAACAAUCCCAUGCCAGAUUUCAGCAAAUUAAUGAGGCGUAUAAAGUCUUAGGUAAGCGCGAAAGUAGAAGAAAUUAUGAUCUGGGGUUGGCAAGUCCUGAAAAUCAUACAAACUCUAGAGACUACUAUAAUGAAGCUCAUUAUGAACGACCUAUUCGAAACCCAUACAAUGAUCCUUUGUUUUGGGUAAACAGGAACAAAUCCAAAGACAAAUAUUACGAAAAUAGCUCAUAUUAUGGAGUUGACGGCAUUUCAAAGCUCCCUAAUAGCACAAUUGUGAUGAUUUGUAUUUUUUUUUCGUUGAUCGGUGUUGGCCUCCAAUAUUUGGCGAUUACCCGCUCUGUAACUUUCAAGCGUGAAGUUUUAAUUCAGAAAUCGCUAGAGGCUGAAAAGGUGCAUAAUGAAGCCAGAACAGCCGCUCAUAAUAAUGGCAAUGAGGCCCAACUUGAAACCUUAAAAAAAAGAUUGUUGGGACGAACACCGAAAGAAAGUGAUAAAUAAACUCGUUCAAUUAUUUA